AAAAGCGACAGAAUUCUAAACAUUUCGAAGACUUGACAACAGUUACAUUCGUUUUAUGUCGCAACAAACUAUGUCGAAACAAAAAGAUAUGGAGCUAUCUCUUAUUACAAAUUCUGUUUUGGAUAAUUUGGGGUUUAGCAAGAAACAAAUUAUGUUGAGAUCAUUAUGUAUUGGUGAACGUUUCAAAUUUAUUCCGUCCUUUUCCGGUUUUACUGCGUUAAUAGCUGGUAGCUCAGGUGAAGGAGUUCCGCUAGCGGACAGUGAUAUUGACAUAAUGAAUAUAUUGAGAGAUGUCAUUUGUGUUGAUACAGGGUUUGAUAAUCAUGGUGAGUUAAUCAUUCUUGGGACUGAUUAUUCUGAAACGGCACCAGGUUACACUAGAGUAGUGUCAAUAUCAAUACCAGAUAAUCUGCUUUUUUCACCUCUUUUUCAUGCAAUCUCUGUGUAUGAUACCGUAAGUAGAGAAAACUUCUUAUCGAGUGAAAAAAUGAGGUUUUUCACUGGACACAAUCGUAUAUUACUUAAUGUUCAUCAAAGAAAUGACAUUAAAACUGAUAUAAAUGGACCUUCGGUGACACUUACGUAUUCUCCUUCUUUGCAUAGUGACUUUGUAGAUUCAAUAUACUUUUACGGAGGUAACUACCUACAGAAGUGGGAAAACAGGAUUAAGAUUAACGCAUGGCCCUCCAGCGAGAUUGUGAAUGAGGUCUCUGAAAUGGAGGGAUAUAUUGUUCCUAUUGGGGACAAACAAAGCGAUAUGCAAUCAUUGGAAUGGAGAAUAUGUUACACAACAGCGGAAAAGAAAUUAGUGUCAAGUCUUUCUGACAUUCAAAUCAAGGCAUAUGUUCUACUGAAGAUGUGUGAAGCUGGCGGCCGCCGCGUGAAGUUGGCGGCCUGACAGCCUAGCGGCAGAAAGUUGGCGUAAAGUUUGCGGUCUAGCCACCUGGCGGCCUGAAGUUGCCGGUCUAGUGACCUAAACAUUUAAUGAAGUUAAAGUUUGUCAAAGAAAUUUAAACGACUCUUAAUUAGAUUUAAAGAAAU